UAUGGACAUGUCAGUUGCGCGACAGCAAUCGGCGUGAUUAGACUUUGUUACGUGUGUGUCCGUAUCGCGCGCUUCCAUUGUGCACUUGCAGCCGCUCCCAAUUACAUAAACGCAGGAAUUUGUUGUUAUUAAGGAAAAAUGUUGGCGCCACUGGAGUUCAUCUGGCCGCUGAGCCGCUUCUGAUCUGGUCGGCGCACUGCAGCCACCUCAAUUCCAAUUGGAUUUCGGACAGGGACGGUUCGAGGUGCUCCUUUGUUUCUGGAUCGCGCGUUUGAAUUUGAAUUUGCGCGGCAGGCUCUCGUCUGGAUUUCGCCAAUUGCGACAGGUGGCGGCGUACAGGUGCAUUCGGUGCAGUCAUGGACCAGUGACGAUGUUCCGUGUGGCGAUAGUAACACGAACCCCCAGUGACCCGUGAGAAAAUUAGGCGCCAAGUGCUGACUUCCACAUGUGGUGACCGGGAACCGUUACACAUUCCAGUGAGUGUGAUCAAUUAAUUAUUCAAAUGCCGCGAAUUUACAUUGGGCGAUUUGGCGAAAGUGUGAAGCGUUACAACGGACCAGGGAACAUCCUUUCCACGCAGUUUUGAAUUUGUUCCGAUUUUGGUUAUUUACGUGAAUAGUCCGGCGAGGGUUGUUGCUUGUUUUCAUUUGUUUUGGUUUUUAGUCCUGUUGGAAGUGUACUCUACCCUUGGCAACAAGGAAGUGCUCAGUGGACAGUUGCGGGAGACGACGUGACAUUCCCCGGAUCCGAAACGUUUCAGUUUUAUCUGAUCAGCCGCAAAUGGGGUUGCGUAGGCGAAUUUAUUGAAAAGGAUAAUUCUGACUCAAGUGGAAGUUGUGAUUUUGUGGUGCAAGUGACUGCCAAGAGGACGAAGUUCGGGAAUGGAUUUCCAGAGCGCCAUGGAAACUUUCGCUGAAGCGUGGGUGGCGGCUAAUGCUGGACAACAGACACAAGCUUUAGCACUCACACGUCCCAAAACUCCGCCACUACUGAAAAAGGAAAGAUCCGAUUCACCCCAAAGUGUCCGUGAACAUGCCGACCGAAGUCCUCGUGAGAAUGAAGGCAGCCCGAAAUAUGCUGGCGGGCAAUCAAUUGCAUCACCACCAACGAACGUGGACCAGCUGAACAAUACGAGCAACAAUCAAAAUAUAACAACAGGUGGUGGCAACCUUGUGACGCCUGGAACAGCUUCGUCAACCCCGAAAAUCAGCACUCCCACAUCAAUCAACGAGAAUGGUCUUCCACCUGUUUCGAGUCUCCCAUCUUCCGAAAGGAUUCUACCGUCACCGUCGCUAGAGCGUAAGGAUUUCGAUUUCUCCAAGGUUAAUGCCAAAUCCCUGCCACUUCACUGUGUUGUUGAAUCUGUACCAUCACUCCAAGCAUCCUUAUCGGUAGAUUCAAGGAAUCCUUGGAAGCGACGACCAAAUAUAGAGACCGAUAGCUAUGUAAUUGUUGCUGCAUCCACACCGUGGUCAGAAAUAGUUACUACAGCUCUACAGCGCCUAGGUUAUUCAAUGGACAUCGCGAAUACCGCGAGAGGCUCUCUCAUCAUAAAGAACUGGAAACCGAUUCCGUUGGAGAACAUUUCGGAUAAUCCUGUUGUUCCAGUCAGCGACAUUCUCGGCGAACUGACGUCCAUUAUUACCCUACGCAUUGUCAUCUUACGUACGAAGCCCUCCACCUUCUCUGAAAUCAAAGAUAAACUUUUAAAGUUACUCGUUUUACAAUCCCACGCUGUCCUGCGAUCCACAGGAUGUCCGCUGGAUGAGGUCACGUUAUCACAAAUCUGCCGUAGCACAUAUCAAAACACAUUUCCCUUCUCUGGUGAAAUUUCUGAUGAAAUGCGACGGAAAUUCGAUCAGUGGUGGAGUAAUCAACUAUCACCGCAGUCAUCACUAACACCAAAGAUGCUACCGUUCAUCACCCCACAACCAGGAAGUGAAAUGGACUUCCCGCAGCCUGCAGCGGUUGCUGCAGGUCAUCCACUUCAUCCUAGCAGAGAAUCUCUCCUGGAAAAUCAUCACGCACCACAUCCAAACAUGAUGGUCCACCCCGCGCUCCAAACCAUUCACUCACAAUAUCCAAGCCAAAAAACUCGGAUGCGAACUAGCUUCGAUCCAGAAAUGGAAUUACCCAAACUACAACGCUGGUUCCAGGAGAACCCUCAUCCAUCACGACAGCAAAUCCAAUCAUAUGUGAUUCAACUGAAUUCUCUCGAGUCGAGGAGAGGGCGUAAGCCCUUAGACGUGAAUAAUGUUGUGUAUUGGUUCAAAAACGCACGAGCGGCUCAAAAGAGAGCAGAGAUGCGCGGGCAAGGAAUAGGCAAUGGGUUUCUAAACCACCAAGCGUCCGGGGGUAUGAUAAUGCCCCAUACAGAUUAUAAGAACAGUCCAGUUUCAGAGGACAUCGAUAAUCUCUCCCAACAUUCCGAUGAUAUCGAUGACGACACGAGUCGUCCUUCGUCGCCUCAGUUACCUUUAUCCUUGACUACACACGAACGCAACCGGAAUUCAACCGAGAACGCUAUGAAAGACGACAACACAAACGGUCCUGGAAUGGAGAAAAAUAACAAUAACAAUGAAUCAAUGCAGAACGGACGCGAUUCAACCGGGGAAAUUGUCGAUACGAGUCAAAUAAGCAACCAUGGAGGCAGCAUGCAAAAUCUGGAGCAACGAUCUAGUUCGCCAAAAAACUCACCGAAAUCUGAGGACCUGGACAUGGAUGAUAAUGAUAUUAGUCAAAUGGAUGACUUUCGCACUCCAUCACCAGAUCCUAGACGGGACUUGUCCUUUCCAAUAGUUCCAAAUUCAAUGUUCUCCCACUCAAUUAUGUAUAUGAGUCAUUAUAUGCCUGGAAUGGGACCAGGUGGGCCACAUCCUCAUCAUCAACCACCAAAUAUGAAUCCAGCUGUAAUGGGUAGCGGCGGUUUAAACUUGUCGAGCUUGUCCAGUGAAGAGCGUCGAAAACGGAAUAGGACCUUUAUUGAUCCUGUAACAGAAGUACCAAAGUUGGAGCAGUGGUUCGCUAUGAAUACACAUCCGUCCCAUAAUCUGAUUUUGAAGUACACAGAGGAUUUAAAUCGUAUGCCAUAUCGCCAAAAAUUCCCCCGUUUGGAAAGCAAAAACGUCCAAUUUUGGUUUAAGAAUCGCCGCGCGAAAUGUAAACGUUUGAAGAUGUCCCUCUACGACAAUCCACAAAUGUCAGGACUAAGUGCGUUUGGCCACGCGGAUCGUGAAUGAGACUCCUUGUCUAUAAGCAAAAUGAUGCCCUUCCAAAGACUCCAAGUUCACACUGGCGACAAUUCCUUUCUGCAACUUUUAAAUGAAUAUAGAAAAUGAUAGUAGACUUAAAUCUAAUAAUCUUAGUCGUAAGCUAUUUAGAUGUGGAAAGUGAAUUAAUUCAUUUUCUGAGAAAUAAUGAAAGCCGAGCGCAGUAUUUUUAUGAAGUUAGUCCUAAUUCUGUUCUUUAUAGUCAUAUCAAAAUUGUAAUGCUACCAGUUUUCCGCGGGGAAUUGGGAAUCAGUCCUUUAAGAAAAUUAUCAAAAAAGAAAGACUUCCAAGGCCAGAUGUAUUAUACGAGACUAAGUUUAAGUAGUUUUAGGACAUUUAGUGUGUAAGAAGCACUUUAAACAUUGUCUUGUACAACUCUUUCGUUGAGCUUUAUUUUUCCGAGCCCCCUUAAGCACUCACUUCCUCAUCUCUUCCAUGACCGUUCUCUGUUUUUCCUUCUAUCACUGAAAACUGUCUUCGGAUCUCUAGAACCAAAGAUAUUCAUUGUGUUUAUAAAUAUAAGAAUUUAGUUUUAUUUACGAGUCCUUGUCCUUAUUAAAUCUAAUUCACCCAGCAUUUAACGUAGAUUUUAGUAAUUAAAAUUUAGAAAUCGCGUCUAGUAAUUUGUAUCGUUUCGCACUGUGGACAUUUAGGAGUAUCUAAACUGUCCGGAACUUGUAUACUCGCGUUGGAAAUACUAAAAGUAAAAUUAGGCGAAAAUGUAGAAAUUUGAACUGCGUGCUGUGUACGAUGUACUUUAUUAGACGCCCUUCGAUUGUAUACUUAGGAAAAAUCAAUAAAUAAAAUUUACUAUUCACUCUGUCCAGUCGCGGACGGAUUAGGCGAUAAAACAUUCAAAAUUCAAAUAAUAAAUAAAAUAUUUGUAGAAAAUGUUCCCCCAAAUGAACUACUAGAUUUAAUACAAACGAAUCUGAGCAAUAAUUUAACGGAAAUUUGAAAAUUUCACAAAUCUGUAAAUAGUUAAAGAUAAUAUGAAUGUGAAAAGUUAGCGAUUAGAAUUGGAUCCUUUUAGUCUCCUCUCUUAUUAUUAGACGCCUUUGUUUUUAUACGACGGACAAAAGUGGCUCCAUUUUAUUGGAGCAGAAUUUGUUGAUCACUUUUUUAGUCUUAUGUAGGUACAUUGGUAUUUAAUACCACUCACACAUUGAACUAUGUAAUAUUUAUAUUAUUAUGAUGAAGAUGAAAACUAUUGAUGAUGAUGCUAUUGAUAAACAAUAAUAAAUUAUUCAC